UAACAUCCAUGGCUUCUAUCUUUUCACCAAAACAUUCUCAUGGCUAUGCCAUUCGAUCCAUAAGCUUGCCAACCAGAUCACAUCCAAACACACUUCGAAUUGAAGAAGAGCUCAACAAGCUCAAAUCAUGGGAGGUUUCGUCUUCCUCGGAAGUGGAGAGAAUUUUCUUUGGUCUCUCAGGCCUUGCAGAGUUGUACAAGUGCAUGGAAGAUCUUUUGAAAUUGCCACUCACCCAACAAGCACUGUCUCUUGAUCAAAACCAAAAAUGGGUGGAUGAGCUGCUAGAUUGUCCAGUGAGAUUCUUGGACAUAUUGGGAGAAACAAGGGAUGCCAUGAUGCUGAUGAAGGGAAAUGUUAGAGAUUUUCAAUCAGCACUCAGAAGGAGAAAAGUUGGAGACUUGGUGAUUCAGAACCAUGUGUCUUCGUAUUGGAGUCUGAGAAGAAACACAAGGAAACAAUGUACGAAAUAUCUUGUUUUGUUGAAGAACACUGAAGAGUCGUCAUUUGGGGCAUCUCCUCCUUUGGAUCUGAAUCAGCAUCUUUCAGCAGUUGUGAGGGUUCUGAGAGAAGCUAGCUUGAUCACCAGCUGCAUAUUUCAGUCACUUAUGUCGUUUCUUUCUUCACCAAUCUUAAGGUCAAAGGUGACUAACAAGUGGAGAUUUGUGUCAAGAGUGAUGAGGAAAGGGAGAGUUGUUCAAAAUGUGAAUGAAUUGGAAAAAGUGGACUUGGCACUUUGCAGAAUGUUGAUGGAUAAUCCAGCCAAAGAUUUUGAAGUUGAGAAUAUUCAAUUUGCACAUAAAGGGCUUGAGGCUGUGCUCGUAGUCAUUGAAGGGCUUGAAAAUGGAUUGGAUUGCUUGUUUAAGCACCUUAUUAACACUCGAGUAUCUUUUCUUAAUUUAGUGUCUAACUAAGGUAAAAUAUGAUACACAAACAAGUUAACCUUAUUGACUUUUUUUUAUCAGCAAUUUCAUUUUUCUUUUUUCUGUUUUCUUCCCUCUCUUUUAGCUUUACAUUAUUAUAUUUCUUGCAAUUUAAACAAGAACCAUGUAAGUGGUGGUAUUACUUUGCUGACAGGAUUAAGAGGAAUAGAGAAGUAUAUCAACAUGUAAUUAAACUUUCAAAGCAAACUCUUAUAGAAGAAGUUAUUAGUGUUUUUAUAGAAUAAGGA